GCUUCCGCGCUCCAUCCCUCGCCGCCGCCCCCGGACGCCCGUGCGCCCUCCUCUUCCUCCUCCUCCCCACUCCGCCUCCCUAUAUAUCUAAUCUCCUUCCCGACCUCCCUUCUCCACGUCCCGAACGCCGCCUCAUCUCCUCCGUCCACCACCUGCUCGACCCAUCGCCUAAAGAGCUUUAUAGGUCAUACGCUAAUGGCCGCGAGGAGAGACGCCGAGGCUGAGCUCAACCUGCCACCGGGCUUCCGUUUCCACCCCACCGACGAGGAGCUCGUCGCCGACUACCUCGUCCGCAAGGCCACCGGCCAGCGCCUCCCGGUAUCCAUCAUCGCCGAGGUCGAUCUCUACAAGUUCGACCCCUGGGAUCUCCCAGAAUUGGCGUGGUUUGGGAGCAAAGAAUGGUACUUCUUCACUCCGAGAGACCGCAAGUAUCAGAACGGUUCGCGGCCGAAUCGGGCAGCCGGAAGGGGCUACUGGAAGGCCACCGGGGCCGACAAACCGGUGUCGCUUCCCGGGAGCCACCGGCCCCUCGGUAUAAAGAAGGCCUUGGUGUACUACCAUGGCAAGGCCCCAAAAGGGGUCAAAACUGAUUGGAUCAUGCAUGAGUAUCGCCUCGCUGAUGUGGACCGAUCGGCCAACAACAAGAAGGGCAAUCUAAGAUUAGACGAGUGCGUCUUGUGCCGCUUGUACAACAAGAAGAACAAUUUGGCAAAGAUGCAACAGUGCAAGAAACAGACACUAGCCCCCGUGAAAACUACUGAUUCAUUUGACACGAACGAUGAUAAUUCGAGGUCGGACAGUUUGUGGACUACAGACUCCGAGUUCGAACACGAUAAGGGGCUUCAGGUUGUCACGGGUAGUGGCACCGGAGGGGGGUUUUCGGCGGUGGAAGAGGUGAAAGAGGAGGACGAUUGGUUUAUGGACCUGAAUCUUGACGAUUUUCAGAGCAACAUGGCAGCCAUUGGCUUUGGACCUGCAUCAGUGAUCAGUAUUUCCAAUCAAGAUUACUACAAUCGAAGUUCUAUCAGUGGAAGUAUUUGGAACAGAAACUAGUUCUAUUACCGAACUUCUCGUUGAGCUAUUGAUCGAUUCAAUUAUAAACAACUUGAUUCAAUUGAUUGAGGCCUCAGCAUUGUUCGGUUUGUCGAUAUGUUUGGUCCAAUAGACUUGUUGUAGUUUAAGCAAGUUUGCAAUAUUAAGAAGGGGUUGCCUAUGAAUGAAUUUAAAGAUUUCUCACCAAUGGAGCAUUCCGACUUUAUUA